GGAGAACAGGGGGAGGGAGCGGGGGGGAACCCAGUAAGGUAUAUGAGGGCCUCAGUCCGAGCAAUCGCCGGUACUCUAGCCUCGCUGCCUACUUACAUUCACACACACUAACACUAAGACCGACCGCGGGGAAACAUGAUGCACACCCUCGCGACGGUAGCAACAGUGCUUGUUGCGCUGCUGGCGGUGUCGGCGCAGCAGUACCAGCAACCCGGCGGUAAUUACGUCGACGAUUACGCUCAAUAUGACUCGCAACGACCGAGCCAGCCGACUCCGCGUAGUUACGCGACCAACGAAGUACCGACCCGUCAAUCGGCCGCACCGGCGAGUCCAAAGCCAACUCCAGUGGCGAUCUUGAAGCAGAUCAAUCGCCACAAUGAAGACGGCUCAUACACAUAUGGUUUCGAGGGCGCUGAUGGCUCCUUCAAGAUCGAGACCAAGCUGCCGACCGGCGAUGUGAAGGGCAAGUACGGCUUCGUCGAUGACACCGGCAAGGUCCGCGUAGUCGAAUACGGCGCGAAUCAGUACGGCUUCCAGCCGGCUGGUGAAGGUAUCACCGUCGCCCCACCGACCCUGUUCGACGAGACCACCAGCAAGGAGGCUCUCGAGGCGCAGGCUUACGAAGAAUAUCAGCAGCGGCAACAGCAACAGCAACAGGCACAGGCCGCACGUCCGGCUUAUCAAUCACCACCGCAACAAUCGCACACUCAGGCUGUGUACGCUCCAGCGCAAGUAGCCCCGAGCAGACCGGCUCUACCCAAACCACCCAUCUUCACACCGGCUGCUGCCCAGGCACCGCAACAGUCUCCGCUGGUGCAACAGAAUCCGGUUUACGAUGAGCCUGCGCCGGUCUCGCAGCUCUACAAUCAGGGACCAGCACAAUUCGGCCCGGCGCCGAAUCAGGAACGCCGUACCCAGCCGCAGGCUCGCAGCGGCGGCGGCAUCCUGGACCAACUCGCCAGGGACUACGCUUUGCCUCAGGGAGUGGCACCACCGCUGCACGACAUCAGCUUCGGCUAUUACUAGUCCUACUCCUUUUAUCUAUCAGAAGACAGAAGAGUCUGAGAUCGAUCGCGUUGCAAAAAAAAUUUCAAAAGCUAUAUAAAAAGAUUAUUUUUUCUAUAGAUAAAAGAUCUACUUAAUAUUAUUAUUUAAUGUUAAUUUUGUACAGCAAUCAAAGAUGAGAAUUGUUGCGACUGAUUUCGGUCUCGUCUGUAUCCCGGUUGCGUGUUGGUCUUGUAUUUUAUUCGUUAAUGGGAUGCUCUGAUGACUAAUUAAAUCAUCAGGAAUCAGGCGUAAUCCGUUUCCUUCAAAGUCAGCGACAAUGUGAUUAAUGAUUGCCGCAAAUAUAGACCGUUCACUAUUUGAAAGUCGAAAACUUAUGUAUUAAUAUUUAAAAUCUCGAGUUGAAAGCUAAAAUUCCAUUUUAUUCAUUGCACAAUUUUUUAUAUUAAUUAUAUAAUAUUUUCUAUUUUAUUUAAUUAAGAAUCAAGAUGCAUUAAAAUAAAAACCAUGGAUCUCAUUUAUUUCAUAAUAUAAAAAAAUUUGAUAAAUGAUAUUAAAGAUCAAUUCGCUGGUGCAAAUCAAAUAAAUUUUUAGCUUUAUCGAGUAUUUCUUUUUAAUUUUAAAAGUCCAAUAAAAUGAUAUAAACAAGUUCUUCAAAAUAUCAUAAAACCUGGAAUAUUGAAUUUUCGAGUAAACACUAACAUCUAAAUCUUCGACUCUUUACUUCAACGAUCAUGAUUAAGUUAUUAGGAAGUUUUUUGAUGUUGUCUUUUUAUAAAUUAUUGUUAUACAUUUCACGAGUCAUCAAAAAAUUAUUUGGAUAAACAAUUGUAACGAGAGAAGUUGUAAAAACUUUAAAUUCUCUAUAAAUGAUGUAAAUAAAAUUUCUCAUCUCUCCUUUUUUGAUGGGCGUUCACGUUUUUACUCUAGAAAACGUGACUCGCCUUAAGAAUUCACUAGUGAAGUAUCGUUGCGUAUUCACAACAGAAUCAUGUAUUUUAAUUGGACGCGCUUAUUUUAUUGUAAUUAGAUUAUUGUAAGGUAAUUCAAGUGGAAUAAAGUAAGGCCAAUACUAAAUAUAAUAAA